AUGCCUUUCGCACACAACUGGCCCUCGCAGUCCCUCCUCAGUGUCGACGUAUUCAGAGCGGCUGGUACCAAUGCCAACAGCCGGUCCAACGCCCUCGCGUUGUGCGACAAUGCGUACCAGCGUGCGGAACAUAUCUGGAAGGCUUGGGGCCUCACCUACGAAGAUGUCGUCAACCUCAGUCCCAAGUUCUGGAAGAUUCACAAUGACCCUAUCGCUUGGCACGAUGGUUCCUCCGUCACCAUCAUGGUUAUCCAUCUCAAUCUUGCUGUGGGUACCAUUGGAGCAUACGCUGCCGAUCGCCCCGAGCUUCAGGCUCUAUGCAAGGAUAUGAUGGAUUGCAAAGCCAUCGGUCAAUUCCUUCUCACUGAAGCUGGUCACGGUUUGGAUGCUACAAACCUAGAGACCACCGCUACUCUCCAGUCUGAUGGUACUUUUAUUCUCAACUCCCCCAACCGGGCUGCUUCCAAAUAUAUGCCCCCGACUGUUCCCGUUCUCGGUAAACCCUGCUACGCCGUCGUCUGGUCCCAGUUGAUCGUCGAUGGCGAGAAACGUGGUAUCAGGCCUUUUGUCGUCCAAUUGAAUGACGGCGUUCACAUGAGCAAGGGUAUCACCGCCAAACUGAUUCCUACACGCCAUGGAGCCACCCCGGUCAACCAUGCCAUCACCCACUUCACCCAGGUCCGCCUCCCGCAGUGGUCUCUCCUCGGACCCGUCGGUGACAAGCCCUCGACGCACAAUGACUUCCUCAUCGCUAUCUGGCGUAUCGCUGUCGGUACUCUCGCUUUGGCUUCAGUCGCUCUCCCAGCUAUGCAAAUUGCUGCUCACAUCGCGUACAAGUACUCCCUCCGUCGUACAGUCGGCAUCCCUGCCCAGCCUAUCAUCAGCUUCCGCACCCAGCAGAUCCCCAUCUUCACUGCAGUCGCGCAGACGUAUGUCAUUGAGGCGUGGACGAAGCAUGCGAUUAAACACUUUAUGGAUCCCGCUGCUGAUCGUCAGGCAAGGCAUGCGAUUACUACCAUCUACAAGUCCGUGGUUAUGGAGAAUGCACAGACCACGCAUUUCAACCUUUCGGAGAGGUUGGGUGCACAAGGCCUGUUUGACUACAACCAGAUCAUCACUCAGUUUGCUGAGAUAAGAGGUAUUGUUAUUGCUGAGGGUGAUGUCCUUGUUCUGGCUAUUCGUCUCGCCUCGGAGCUCCUCCAGGGUAAAUACUCUGUCCCAGCUCCUCUCUACCCCAACAGUCUCCUCGCCCAGCACGAGAAAGGCGUAUUCGACGAAGCCCGCGGUCUCGCGAAGAAAUACGGACCACGGUCGAAGCAAUAUGCCGACUACAUUCUUCCUCGUUCCAAAGAUCUCGUUGAAGCCAUUGGCCACCGGAUGGCGUACGAAAGUGCUUUGGUCGAAGGUAUCCCCGCUGUUCUCGCCGAUAUCUACGAAGUCUUUGCCAUUCAGAAGGACAUCGGUUGGUACAUCGAGACAGGGCUCCUUACCCGAGUUAGGGUUGCGGAUAUGCAGAACUCGGCGAUGACGAAUGCUGUGGGAAACAUGAACGAGUGGGUUGACGGAAUGGGUGUGGCUAAGUGGGUCAAGGCGCCGAUCCUCACUGAAGAGGGCUGGAAUAAUUUCGUGGAUUCGAUGUAUACAUUCAGGGAGGCUCCAGAGGAGAGGGCGGUUUUGUAA